AAGUAAUACGGUCCUAAGGAGUAUGAGUUAACAACGUGUUAUUCAAAGUAAGAUUAGUAAGUAAUCGUAGACUGCCGACCAGAGGCGGCCUUAGGGGGAGUUGGGCCAGGCAAGUGCCUUGGGCCUCACAUUCCAAGAGGGCCUCAAAAAAAAAAAAAUUACCUAUUAGUAUUGCCUAUUAAUCCCCAAUUAUAUGUAUAAUAAUAAUAGAAAUAAUAAAUUAGUUAUCUGGAUUCUGAAAUCUCCAUCUGGGCCGUGGAUGUGGAGCGGUGGAGUCUAAUUUACGCAUACGGCUACAGGCCCCCAACUCUGAAAUCUCCAAGUAUCUGCCCUUCCGCCAAACUUCCGAAUUCCGAUUUGUCGGCAACUUGAAGAAAUCACCUGUUCUGAACUGCUGGCCUGCUGCUGCUCGAGUGCUGGGUCUGCUAGUCGCUGCCUUGCCGACUCCGUGAGUAAGGAGCGUCUUUAGUAUGACGGGUAAGCGGAAAUUUGAAUCGGGGUCUACAAAAAGAAAGAAUAGGUUGCGGAAAGAUUUGGUUAUACAGUCGUUUGCCGGCUCUAUGGAUCGAUUUGUAAAGACAAAUCCUUCUUCCUCAAAUAUUGUUGACAAUGACAAUACAAUCCCUGUCUCUGAGAAUGAGAAUAAUAGUGCAAAUAUUGGAGAGGAGAAUGAGAAUGUUAAUGCUCAUAGGGACAGUGUAAUUGUUGAUGAGGAAGAGAUUGUAGGUGAAGUCACUAUGCCCGAGAUAUUAGAUGAUUUCUUUGACCCGGGAAAUUGGAAAGCACCCAUAUCUCAAAGCCAAAUAGAUUUGUUGGUAGAGAGAGGUCCUAUAAGAAUAAGUGGUCUUCAAUAUCCCGUUGAUAGGAAAAGGAGUUUCAAUGACAAACUCUAUACUCGAUGCUUGGGAAAUGGGGAGAGAUAUGAUAGACCAUGGUUGGUUUACUCUUUGAUAAAAGAUAAAGUCUUUUGCUUUUGUUGUGUUUUAUUCAAAAAAAGUGUGCUGCUAAACCCUCUAACAAGUGUGGGUCAAGGCUAUAGUGAUUGGCACAACAUACAUUGUAGACUUGUAGAGCAUGAAAAGAGCUUUGAUCAUAUCCUUAGCAUGGAAGCAUGGAGGGAAGCGGAAAUGAGGUUAAAAAAAAAGGUAACAAUUGAUGCUUCCCGAGAAAUAGCUAUCAAUAAAGAGAAGGAGUAUUGGAGAGCUGUUUUAAAGAGGAUUAUGAUUGUUGUCAAGACUCUUGCUACUUGCAACAUAGCUUUCCGUGGCCAUAAGGAGAAGCUUUCUGAUGAAAAUAAUGGAAAUUUCUUGAGCAUUAUUAACAUGAUUGCAGAGUUUGAUCCUAUAAUGGAAGAGCAUCUCAGGAGAAUACGGAAGAAAGAGAUCCGAAAUCAUUAUCUUGGUCAUAAUAUACAAAAUGAGAUGAUACAACUUUUGUCAAAUGAAGUAAAAAAAAAAAUCCUUCAAGUUGUUCGUAGUGCAAAGUACUUCUCUGUUAUUCUUGAUUGCACACCGGAUGUUAGUCAUGAUGAGCAAAUGACACUUGUGAUUCGAUGUAUAGAUGUGUCUACAAGCCCUAUAAGAGUUGAGGAGUUUUUCAUCACAUUUGUUAAAGUCAUUGAGACAACAGGUGAAGCCCUAUUUGACGAACUUAAAAAAUUGCUUGACACUCAUGAACUUGACUUUAAUAAUGUAAGGGGACAAGGUUAUGACAAUGGCUCAAACAUGAAGGGAGAUAACAAAGGGGUACAAGCUAGGGUGUUACGAGAAUAUCCUAGAGCAUUUUAUACUCCUUGUGGUUGCCAUUCUUUAAACCUCGCCCUUUGUGAUAUGGCUAUGAGUUGUGUACAAGCAAAAACAUUUUUUGGUGUGGUGCAACGCAUCUAUAAAUUAUUUUCAGGUUCAACCAAACGAUGGGAGGUUCUGAAGAUGUACCUUAAAGAUGGUGAUGGAAAUGGUCUCACUCUUAAAUCAUGGUCAGAUACACGUUGGGAAAGUCGUGUUGCUAGUGUUAGAGCUAUAAGGUUUCAAGGGCCGCAGAUACAACAAGCAUUAGAGCACUUGACCAAAUGUAGUAACGAUCCUAGCACUGUGAGUGAUGCAAAGUCCAUAUGUGAGUAUGAAAUGAACUUUGAUUUCCUUGUUGCUAUGGUAAUCUGGUACGAGAUACUCAACAAGGUAAACAAAGUUAGCAAAGUCCUCCAACAGAAAGAUAUGAUCAUCAGUUCAGCCAUUACUCUCUUGAAAGGUCUGAUUGCAUAUUUUAAAGAUUAUAGAGAAGAUGGAUUUGAGAAAGCCAAAGUUGAAGCUGAAAAAUUGGCGAUUGAAUUAAAUAUUCAACCCCAAUUUCGUGAAACACGAGUUCGUACCAAAAAGAGGUUUUUCGAUGAAAAUGCAAUGGACGAACCGAUAAAAUCAGCAGAAAGUGCAUUCAAGUUAACUUACUUCUUGUUUGUUGUUGAUAAUGCUAUAUCUUCACUUACUACUAGAUUUGAGCAGUUUCAAAAAUACGAGAAUACAUUUGGAUUCUUGUAUGACUUAAGUAAGUUGAAGGGACUUAGCGAUGAGCAAUUGAUGAGUUGUUGUGACACGCUUGGCAAUUUCUUGAAGCAUGAGGACAAUUGUGAUAUUGAUGUAGUUGAGCUGUUUUCGGAACUACAGUUGCUUGGAAAAUCUUUACCGGACUGCACAACAAAAGUGAUUGAAGUGUUGGAGUACAUAAAAGAUAUGCAUAUUUCUUUUCCAAAUGCUUGGAUUGCUUACAGGAUUUUGUUGACCAUUCCGGUGACAGUGGCUACUGCAGAAAGAAGCUUUUCAAAGUUGAAGCUUAUAAAAAACUAUCUACGAUCAACCAUGUCGGAAGAUAGAUUAAGUGGCUUAGCUAUUUUAUCGAUUGAAAAAAAAGUAUUAGCUACUCUUGAUUGUAGUGAUGUUAUUACUGAUUUUGCACUUCAAAAGGCAAGAAGAAUAGGCCAAUAGGGUGUUACAUGUACAAGUUUGUGAUGUAUUUUGCAUACAUUUGUACUAUUGCCUUUAAAACUUAUCCUUUUGAAUAUUAAAAAUAUUAUAUCGUACACUUUGAAUAUGUUUCUUUCUAUAUGCUGUUUUUUUUAUUCAAAUACGAUAUGAUUUUGCGACGUAAGUAUUUGUCUGUCUAGCCGUCUAGGGCCUCCAAAAUGCCGUAGCCGCCUCUGACUACAAUGAAUCAAACACAUUGUUAGUGGAUGAUUCUCCAAACAAGGCUUUGCUUAAUCCUAGUCACACUGCGAUCUUUCCUCAUUCCUACACUGAAUCAACAAUGAUGAAUGAUCAAUCAUUAGGCCCGGGAGGUGACCUUCGAGAAUAUUUAGAAGGGUUAGCAGGAGCUGAUGAAGAUGUAAGAACAUAUGUGGAGGAUCACCCGUUCGGUCAAAAGGCCAUUGACCAUACAAACUCCAAUUGGCAGGUUUACUCGGGAAUUAUUAGAGCUCUCUCGAGACACUCCUGAUCAUUUACUGACCAUUUUGCCCUCUAUAGACCCUUAAGUGUUGGUUAAGCCCCAAUAAAGCGUUGUUCAAGGGGAACUAGCAAUAAAAUAACAAUCGGCCAUAUAUUCUCACGAAUAGAGCUAUCUUUAACAGCCUAUCCUAGACUUGGCACUUUUUCUUGUAUGGUAUACUCCCUCCAUCCUUAAGGGGCUGUUUACUUACAACUUAAUGGACUUAAUGGAGACUCCGACUUAAUGGUUCAG